GGCGGUAAUGCACCAAACAUGGUCUUCCAACCGCCAAAAAAACGUAGAAGAAGAAAACGAACAGACGAAGAAGAAGAAAAAGGAAAAAAAAAAUAAUAAUAAGAAAGCUUCAUGUCACCUGCCGUCGUGCAGAAGCUAUAUGAGAUGCGAGAGGGCUUCCACAGAGAAAUAAGAGCAGCGAUGAACAGUGAAAACUUCACCCUCUGUGAGAAAACCGUCGCCCCCUCUUACAUUCGACAGGGCUGUCAGGCGCGUCGGAGCCACGAGCAGCUCAUCAGACGUUUACUGGAGCAGGGAAAGUGUCCAGAGGAAGGAUGGAGCGAAAGCACCGUGGAGCUUUUCCUGAGCGAGCUGGCAGUGAUGGACAGCAACAACUUCCUGGGAAACUGCGGCGUUGGAGAGAGGGAGGGCCGUGUGGCGUCCGACCUGGUGGCGAGACGACAUUACAGGUUGAUCCAUGGCAUAGGUCGUUCAGGUGACAUCGCUGCUGUUCAGCCUAAAGCUGCUGGGUCCAGUCUGCUGAACAAGCUGACCAACUCUGUGGUUCUGGACAUCCUCAGGAUUUCAGGUGUCCGCAGCGUGGCGAGCUGCUUCGUUGUUCCCAUGGCAACAGGAAUGAGCUUGACCCUGUGUUUCCUGACCCUUCGUCACCGGAGACCCAAGGCUCGUUACAUCAUCUGGCCUCGAAUCGAUCAGAAGUCCUGUUUUAAAUCUAUGAUCACAGCAGGUUUUGAACCCGUAGUCGUGGAGAACGUGCUCGAGGGCGAUGAGCUACGAACAGACCUGGAAGCAGUUGAAGGAAAGAUCGAGGAGCUCGGCGCUGAAAACGUCCUGUGUGUUCAUUCCACGACAUCUUGCUUCGCUCCUCGGGUCCCCGACAGGCUUGAAGAACUGGCCACUAUGUGUGCCAAACACGACAUCCCUCACAUCGUCAACAAUGCAUACGGAGUCCAGUCAUCUAAAUGCAUGCACCUCAUACAGCAGGGGGCUCGGGUGGGAAGAAUCGACGCCUUCGUUCAGAGCUUGGACAAGAACUUCAUGGUUCCAGUAGGGGGCGCCAUAAUUGCAGGAUUUGAUGAGUCUUUCGUCCAGGAGAUCAGCAAAAUGUACCCAGGUCGAGCUUCGGCUUCACCGUCUCUUGAUGUCCUCAUUACCCUUCUCACCCUGGGCGCCAGCGGCUAUAAGAAGUACCUAUCAGAAAGAAAGGAGAUUUAUUCGUUCCUGGCUCAGGAGCUGAAGACUCUGGCUUCUGCGCAUGGGGAGAGAUUGCUUCACACCCCACAUAAUCCCAUCUCUCUGGCCAUGUCUCUAGAUGGUCUGCAGGCGUCGAGCGAUCAGGCGGUGACUCAGCUCGGCUCCAUGCUGUUCACCCGACAGGUGUCAGGAGCCAGGGUGGUGCCACUGGGCAAGGAGCAGAUUGUCAACGGACACACAUUUCGCGGGUUCAUGUCGCACUCCGAGUCGUACCCCUGCCCUUACCUCAACGCUGCUUCUGCUAUCGGCAUCACUCAGGACGACGUGACCCUGUGCAUGAAAAGGCUCGACAAGUGCCUGAAGACGCUGAAGAAGGACGGGAACGCGGCGAGGAGUUGCUCCAAGGUGUCUGAAGUGAACCAAGAAGAGACUGAAGAAGGACUGAGCUGAAACUUGACCUGAUAAAGUCUGACUCUGCUGCCUACUUUUUACUUGAUUUAGACCCAAUUAUCGGUACUUUGUACUGGACUGUUAAUCCAGCCUGUCUCUGACUGUCAGUGACUGACAACAGGUCGUGAUUUAUUUGUGCGCAAGUUCAUUUUAAACCAAAGAGAAAUGUGUUAAAAAUAGAUGGAGUCUAUCAUUU